AUGGACGAGAUGGGAUGGGAGGAUCCUGACCCAUAUGUUCCUUUGCUCCUAGGGGAGCCCUCCCAGCCUCCCAACAGCAGCUGGCCCCCAUGCCAGAAUGGGAGUCACGCCGAGUCCGCCCCAGCUGCAAACCUGACCUUCUCCUCCUAUUACCAGCACUCCUCACUAGUGGCGGCCAUGUUCAUUGUGGCCUACGUGCUCAUCUUCCUCCUCUGCAUGGUGGGUAAUGCGCUGGUCUGCUUCAUCGUGCUCAAGAACCGGCACAUGCGCACCGUCACCAACAUGUUUAUCCUCAAUCUGGCUGUCAGUGACCUGCUGGUGGGCAUCUUCUGCAUGCCCACCACCCUUGUUGACAACCUCAUCACUGGGUGGCCUUUUGACAACGCCACAUGCAAGAUGAGCGGCUUGGUGCAGGGCAUGUCUGUAUCAGCUUCCGUUUUCACACUGGUGGCCAUUGCUGUGGAAAGAUUCCGCCGCAUCGUGCACCCUUUCCGCCAGAAGCUGACCCUACGGAAGGCACUGGUCACCAUCGCGGUCAUCUGGGCCGUAGCCCUGCUUAUCAUGUGCCCCUCGACCAUCACGCUGACUGUUACGCGCGAGGAGCACCACUUCAUGGUGGAUGCCCGCAACCUCUCCUACCCACUCUACUCGUGCUGGGAGGCCUGGCCUGAGAAGGGCAUGCGCCAGAUCUACACUGCCGUGCUCUUCUCGCACAUUUACCUGGCGCCACUGACGCUCAUUGUAGUCAUGUACGCCCGCAUCGCACGCAAGCUUGUCAAGGCCUCGGGCCCUGGCCAAACCCGCGGGGAGGCAGCCACGGAGGGCCGGCGCGGGGCCCGGCGCAAGGCCAGGGUGGUACACAUGCUGGUCGUGGUGGCACUCUUCUUCACACUGUCCUGGCUGCCGCUCUGGGCUCUGCUGCUGCUCAUCGACUACGGGCAGCUCAGUGAACCGCAGCUGCACCUGGUCACGGUCUACGCCUUCCCCUUCGCCCACUGGCUGGCCUUCUUCAACAGCAGCGCCAACCCCAUCAUCUAUGGCUACUUCAAUGAGAACUUCCGCCGCGGCUUCCAGGCUGCCUUCCGUUCCCAGCUCUGCCCACUGCAGUGGGGGAGCCACAAGGAGGCCUACUCGGAGCGGUCCCGCGGGCUCCUGCGCACGCGGAUCUUCGUGGAGGUGCAGCACAGCGACUCGGGUCUACCCUCCGAGUCCGGGCCUAGCAGUGGGGCCCCCAGGCCUGGCCGCCUCCCACUGCGCAAUGGCUGGGUGGCCCACCAUGGCUUGGCCCCGGAAGGCCCUAGCUGUUCCCAUUUGCCCCUCACCAUACCAGCCUGGGAUAUUUGA